UUUUAUUGUCUUUCUGUGUUUCUUAUUUUUAUUUUCGGCUCACGAAAAUUUAACAUUCACAAUAUUGUUCUUUGGUAUAAAUUUUGAAGAAAAUUGAGUGUUUUUAGGCAGUUUUAUGAAGGCAUAUGCAUUUCCUUUCGUAUCGAGACUACACCCCCACUCUGAUGACGUCACGUACAAGGAUUUUGGAGCAGUAGUGAUGGUACAUAAAAGAGAAAUAUGUGUUUCGAUUUCUUGCCUAUAUAAACUAUGUAUAUGAUGUCUAAAAUACAAUGAUUGGAAAAAAGAGAAAGAGAGUAGUUGGAAGUAUUAUCAGAACCAGGAAAUCGGCUUUACGGGACAUAAAGUCGUCGUCUGGAAUAGGCAAUCCAUCAGUAUACCAUGCCUUAGUAGUGAUAUUCUUGGAGUUCUUUGCAUGGGGGCUGCUCACAACUCCCAUGAUAUCUGUGUUAGAUGAAACAUUUCCAAAGCAUACUUUUCUGAUUAAUGGACUAAUACAAGGAGUGAAGGGCAUCCUGUCAUUCCUGUCAGCUCCUCUGGUGGGGGCACUGUCAGACAUAUGGGGUCGCAAGCCAUUUCUGUUGCUUACUGUCUCUUUUACAUGUGCUCCUAUACCACUCAUGAAGUUUAGUCCUAUGUGGUACUUUACCAUGAUCUCAAUCUCAGGAAUCUUUGCUGUCACCUUCAGUGUAGUGUUUGCCUAUGUAGCUGAUAUCACAACAGAGGAAGACAGAAGUGCUGCUUAUGGACUGGUGUCUGCAACAUUUGCUGCAAGCCUUGUGACCAGUCCUGCCAUUGGUGCUUACUUGGGUCACAUGUACAGUGAGAAGUUAGUUGUGGCCCUAGCCACUGCAAUAGCCUUACUAGAUGUGCUCUUUAUACUUGUGGCAGUGCCGGAGUCGUUGCCAGAAAAAUUACGACCGUCUUCCUGGGGAUCACACAUCUCUUGGGAGAAGGCUGAUCCAUUUGGUGCUUUGAGAAAAAUUGGUCAAGAUCAGUUAAUACUCAUGUUGUGUGUAACAGUAUUUUUAUCCUAUCUACCAGAAGCUGGAGAAUACUCCUGUUUCUUUGUAUAUCUAAAACUGAUAAUGGGAUUCUCAGAAGAAGCAGUGGCAUCUUUUAUAGCUGUUGUAGGGGUGUUGUCAGUGUUUGCUCAGACUGUUAUCCUAGCCUUCUUAAUGAAGUACCUAGGCAGUAAGCAUGCUAUUAUAGUGGGACUUACUUGUGAGAUGGUGCAGCUGGCCUGGUAUGGCUUUGGUUCACAGCCUUGGAUGAUGUGGUCAGCUGGGGCUAUUGCAGCCAUGUCCAGCAUUACAUAUCCAGCCAUCAGUGCAUUUGCCUCUGCUCACGCUGAUGCUGACCAACAAGGUGUAGCCCAGGGGAUCAUCACAGGAAUCCGGGGACUGUGCAAUGGGCUGGGACCAGCGCUUUAUGGAUUUAUCUUCUUUCUGUUCCAUGUUGACUUGAAUGAGAUGUCAUCAGACGCAGAGAAGCCACUCAUUCAUGCAAAGCCAACUACCACCCUCCAGCCUCUCACCAAUCAAACCUCUUUUGUUCACAUGGAACCAAUGCCAAAUAGGACAAUAGAUUCUGUAGUUCCAGGUCCUCCAUUUGCUUUUGGUGCCAUUCUAGUCAUCUUAGCCCUCCUUGUGGCAAUAUUCAUUCCAGAAAAUCCACACACAAAUCUAAACAAAAGAACUUAUAGUCAUGACAAAGAAGCCUUAAUAUCCAGUGAAGAAGAGGCAUGACAGUGACAGUUUAGUACACUGGGUCUACAUUUGCCCUGUCCAAAUUAUGUGCUAACAUUGUGUUGUUUUACUUGGAUACAUUGCUGGUACUAACAUUUUGUUCAUAGACAUGGGUAUGUUGCCCAUGCCAACAGAACACCUGUCAAAGUCUCUGUCAUACAAUACUUAGCAGUUUGUAACGCAAAUUCAGUUCAGUAAGGAUUGAUGGAUCCCUUUGGAUCUUUAAACCUUGCAGCCUGUCAUCCUGAGCAAGUAACUUGUUGCCUUGUCAGUAGUGAAUGAGAAAGAGAAGUGAAGCUCACAGGUAUUCUGUGAAUCUCAAGAUAGAGAAAUAAUUUUCAUAAUAUUAUGAGAACCUGCUGCACUGGCAGACAGAACAGUAACAGCAAGGUUAUUAAAUACAUUUGGAUUACAGCAUGGUUACUUGAAAAAAGGAUCCCUGUGUAAGACAAGUUGAUUGCAAUAGCAUAGCCGUUUUCAUGUAUUUAUGUACCAACAUUUUUUUUCUGUUGGAAAUGGAGACCAUUUUGAUACCAUUUUGCUGCUGUCCCACCGUGUAUCUGACCUAUAUUCUGUAUGUAUGCCACCUCCACAGUUGUACGCCUUACUAAUACUAACUCAAUACAUGCAGUUGCUCUUCAAACUUUUCAUGAGGAACUGCAAAAUACUGGAUAUUAUUUCUAUAGCAGAAUAUGAAACAAAACUUGCAUUUUAUCCAGAUGAGGACAUGCUCUUCACAGUUUAAGUCUAGUUGAUGAAAAAACUGACAUGCAGGUGGAUCAGGUUGCAGGAAACAGGCAGGAUGGAUUUGACUAGAACAUGUCACAAAAGCCAUACAUUUAAGCUGAACUUGAGUUGUUGUUUGAAAAACUAAAUUGUAACAUUUAAGAAACAUUCAAGCAGUGACUGAUAUGUGUCACUGAUGUUAGAAAAGUGCUUUACUAGUGCAUUGACCAGGUAAAUGGCAGGAAGUAAAUGGAUGAUUGUUGUAGUACCAUAUAAGUUUUAUAUUAAAAAAAAACAUCAAUUAAAUUGAUUUUAAUUUUAAAAAAACAA